UGGUCGUCGGCGCGGGGGGUGGAGUGUGCGCGGCAAUUUGUGGUCUUUAUCUACUAGGACUCGAACUGAAUCCGAUCUCAACGGGUUUGUUGCUGUUUUCCGGUGGUCUGGGAGCUCGACUUGCAGCCGGAUUUCUCGGUGCGUGGCCAGAUUUGCACAGUUGGAAUCGUGUCGGUCGCCGAGCAACGGAGAAUGCCCGGUUUUGUCUGUGUCGACGACCGGACUGUUCCUCUAUACUGUCCACUCAGUAUUGCACGGUUCUGAACAGUUCACAACCGGUUCCGGUCACUGGGCCGGUACCGUCCGUGAUCAAGGAUCAACCACAGUCCAACGGUGAUCACUCCAUGAACUCGUCCGGAUCUUCCAAGGCCAGCGAUCGUUCUUCCUCUGUACGCGAUGAUCAUCAUCAUCAUCAACCACAACAGCAUCCACUAUCACAGUCCCAAAAACAGUCCGCGUCCAAUUGUGCACCUAUUCCCGCUGGUCGCAUGGGUCCCUGUCGUGGACGACCAGAGCAGCGAUAUCAACGUGCCCGGUCUGAAUUGGUUCGUCUGAUGUGCAAUCAGUUGUCACCUGCUCUGCAUACAACCGUUGGCCUGAUUUUGGCACUUGCGCUACUUGCUGCAGCUCGAGUUCAGUUCAUCGCCAAUUACUUCUUCUACCUGAUCGCGUUCGUCAGUCUGAUCUGUUUGCUGAACACAAUCUUGUUCAUACCGACUCUCUACUACUGGCUCCAUCCAUUCAAAGAAGCUGCUUUCUAUGGCGACUACUACCUCAACAAUAGGCGAAUCACACGUGCCUCUUCGAUCGACCCCGGUUUACAGCAUUUCACACCCAACUCAAGCGGACUCGGUACGACUCAAUCUGUCGAACCUCCACGUGUCGCAGAUCCCCCUGUCUCGCAGCCUCCAGUCAUCUUUCCCUCGUCCAUUUCCGCCUCCUCCCUGUCCUCCUCGGGGGGAUCAGCGUCGUCGUCCGCGAAUUCCUCAUCUUCUUCCUCCUCCUCAUACUCGUGCCACUCCCCUAAAUCCGCUCGAUCAUCAUCCAGCAAUUCAGUUUCGGUCCCGGAUGUUGUUUCAGAUUCCCAACGAACCAGUCAACCAUUGCCCCGCUUUGACCCAGUCGUUGAUCAUGGGUCAUUCGCAAAAUCGCGCCCUUCACUGCUGGCUCAGUCCACAUCGGAACUGUACGCACUGUGCGGUGUUCGCCUGCGUGAUGUGACGCAGUCCUUACAUCGCAACUUUAAUUGGCUUGACCCAGCCGCAGCAGCUGCCGCUGUUGUUGCGGCGGCCGCGGCUGCUGCUGUGGCUUCUGCCUCAUCCAACUCCCCACCACGUCAUUCUCAGUCUAAUCAACCCCCAUCUAGACCGGCCAGUUUGAGUACAAUCUCGGAAGAACCCUCACACUCGAGCUCAACAGUCAGUCUUAAUCGAAUCUCGCCGUCCAGCGCGGCUGGUAUCAGCUCAAACUCGAAUCCAUCAAAUGAGACAACGGGAUCCAGUCCGGCUGUUGAAGCACUGGAUUUAGACCGG